UAGCUUGGGUUUGUUUUCAGCCGCGCAGUGCUGAGCAACCCGGACGUGCAGUGGAGCACCCCGCUUCGCAGCCUGCUGCUAGAUGACUUCUGGGGCACCCCGCUGUCAUCUGCCAGCUCUCAUGGCUCCUAUCGGCCUCUGUGCACCCUCUCCUUCCGCCUGAACCACUGGGCUGGUGGCUUCCGACCCUUCGGCUACCACCUGGUCAACGUGCUCUUGCAUGUGCUCGCCACCGGCCUCGUCUACAAGACGGCCAAGCUCCUGCUGCCCGGCUCGGCUCCCACCUAUGCUGCCCUCCUAUUCGCUGCCCAUCCGAUCCACACAGAGGCGGUAGCCGGAGUCGUGGGCAGAGCAGACGUGUUGGCAUGCGUCUGCUUCCUGCUGUCUUUCUUGUGCUAUGCGAAACACGUGUCGUGUCGCGACGCGCAGUCGCCGUGCGUCGACCAGAGCCGCGUGUGGACCAGCUUUGCCGCGUCCAUGGCGCUCGCCGCCGCUGCCAUGCUCAGCAAGGAAACCGGCAUCACUGCCAUAGGAACUUGUGCCCUCUAUGAUGUUCUGCGUUCUAGGAGAGUACCAUCCAAGAGAUGGCGCUUGACAAGCAGCCUGCUGCUGCUGGGCAUAACACUGUGCCUGCUGCUGGUGUUGCGCCUGAUGGUGCUGGGCCCCCAGGCUCCCACGUUCGCCACCUCCGACAACCCGACGGCCAGGGCGCCGUCGCUGCUGGUCCGCAGCCUCACCUUCGCCUACCUGCCCGCCUUUAACCUGCAGCUGCUCGUCUGGCCACGCUGGCUCAGCUUCGACUGGUCGAUGGACGCCAUUCCUCGGGUGGCCACAGUCUGGGAUCCGCGCAAUGCUGCCAGUGUGGCGCUCUACUACACGGCUGGUAGGGCUGUCAUUAGGGCUUGGCACAAGGGCAGUAGAACCUGUCAAAAAAAGUUGAGAACUCCUGCAUGUAAACACUGCAGCACACAUCAUUCCCAGUUAUGUCGAGUGAAUAACAACAACAACAAUACUCCGCGAUGUGAGUGUACCCCCUACAACGAUGUACUUCUUUUAGCCAUAGGCUUUACUGCCAUCCCUUUUCUUCCCGCUUCAAAUCUAUUUUUCUACGUGGGUUUCGUGGUAGCCGAACGCGUCCUUUACUUGCCCAGUGUCGGAUUCUGUUUCGCGGUGGCGUUCGGCUACCAUCUUCUGUCGCGACGUUCGGGCCGCGACAAGCGACUGGUGCGUUUCUGUUUCGGGCUGCUGUUAGUCUCGUUCAGUGCUAGAACUUUGCAGCGAAAUAGUGAUUGGCGCGAUGAGGAGAGCCUCUACCGGUCUGGCAUCAACAUCAACCCACCCAAAGCAUGGGGUAAUCUGGGAAGUGUAUUGAGUAGUCAAGGAAGAAUGGUGGAAGCAGAGCAAGCAUUUAGAACAGCUCUGAGAUACAGAUCGAAUAUGGCCGAUGUCCACUAUAAUUUAGGGAUACUUUUGCAGAGCAGAGAAAAAUAUGAAGAGGCAAUAUCAAGUUACCAACUCGCCAUCCAAUAUAGGCCAUCCUUAGCAUUGGCCCAUCUGAACCUGGGUCAGCUGCUUGCUUCAAGAGGACGUUGCCAAGAAGCCGAGGCUGUGCUGAGGCGGUGCGCCCAGCUGGACGGCACAGGGCUCAAGGACCCCAGAACGCACGAGAACACCCGGAUAUCAGCUCUGCUCCAUCUGGGCCGGCUCUAUGCCGAUCGGGGUCGCUAUCAACAGGCUGUUGCUGUCUACAGGGAGGCCAUCAAAACCAUGCCUGACCACUAUCCUCCUCAGAUACUCUACAACCUUAUGGGAGAAUCACUAACAAAACUGCAACAACAUGAAGAGGCCGAAAGGUGGUACAAGGCUGCUCUCUCAGCAAAGCCAGAUCAUGUGCCAGCGCACCUAACUUAUGGAAAAUUGUUGGCGAAAAACAGAACGAGAAUUGUUGAAGCCGAGCAGUGGUUUUUGAAAGCUCAGAGACUAGCUCCAGCAGACCCUACAGUUUAUCAGCAUUUCGGCCAAUUUCUAACCGAGUUGGAGAGACACAGUGAGGCGGCCAACCAAUACCUGAGGGCGACCGAGCUGGCUCCAAAGCAGUACGACUUGGUGUUGAGUGCGGCGACUGCUCUCAGACAGGCAGGCGCCAACCAUCAGGCAGAAAAUUUCUACCGCAAGGCUGUUUCCCUCCGACCAAAGGAAGCAGCCAGCCACAGCAAUUUGGGAGCAAUGCUGCACCUGAACGGCAAGUACACAGAGGCGGCGGCCUCAUACAAGGAGGCACUGCGUCUACAGCCGCACGACCCAACCACUCUAAGCAAUCUGCACAAGCUUCGCACCCUUAUUGCAAGGCUGGAGACGUGACGACUACACGCCUGCCUCCGAUUCGCAGGCUACAUCGACAAUCGGACGGCAUCAAGACACGACCAACUCUUAAAAAUAACAUAGCUCUUAAUAAUAUUACAGCCACUCAAUUUGCAACCCUUUAUUAUAUAUGUGAAUAAAGGAUAUGCAUCAUAAUAGGGGUUUGAAUAUUUGAGAGGUUUGAAUAUUUUGAGCAAUACGAGGAUAUAAAACAUGUGUAUAAUUCACAAUUAUGAUAAUUGAUAGAUCUCUAUACAUUAUUUGAUAAGAGGAUAUGAAACAUGUGUUUAAUCAAUUUAUAAGAACAAUCUACCAGGACAUGUUUACAAUAUACUCCUACUAACAUAAUACAUUGAGUAUAAGUAUACAAUACCUAUUGUACAUGCGACUAUCACAAGGGUAUACCGUAUAACAAAAUAUGUAUAACAUACAAUCAAUAGCCAACAUGCAUAAGGUCAAUGUAUCAUUAUUUUGAGUCACUUUUCGUAAGGUAUGAUUGAAAGUAUAGAUCAUAAAAAUAGUCACAACAUUGAAUGGAGAUAUUUGAAUAUUGUCAUAUUAGAAAUAGUUAUUCUAAGAAACGAGAGUUUUGAUCUUACACCAUUGUUUUGUUUCCGGUCAUAUUUUAUGUUUUCAAAUAAAUGAGUAAGUGGUUGUUACAAAAAUUAAUGUAUUUCUCAUAAAUCAAUAUGAAAGUCUAGAACAUUAUAAAUCAGAUUCAACUCACUUUGGGAAAAAGUCAUAAUGAUAAGCAAGUCUGUAUACAAUAUCAAGGUAUUUGUACAAUAUCUAGGGAACUAAAGGAAUCACAUUGUUGGUUUGUUAAAAAUAUUUCUGGAGUACAAAGACAACAAAAUUAAAUGAAUUCAUGAAUCAAGUAAGAGUAUAGAGCCUGACCUUGAUCGAGAGGAAAAAUGAAGAUAACUCACAUGAGGUCGUAAUCUUCCGGUAGGAAGUUCUAUAUUUUCAAAACUUUUGGAACGAAUAAUAUGAAAUGAUUAAUAAUUUGAAAAAUGCUAGAAAUGAAAUGAUUAAUAAUUUGAAAAAUGCUAGACAGUCUCAUUCAAUAAAUAAGGAGAUUAAGUUUAUGGGACCCAGCAAAAUUUUGAUGGUUUUCUUCUCAAUCUUUUGAAUUUGGGAUUUGAAGGUUGCACUUGCAGUUUUGCUUAUUAUACAACUUCUCAUCUCUUGUACUGUUGUAGUGUGGAUUAGAAUAUGGCUUGGCAGUCAUAGGAAAACUAUCAAUGUGGAAUGAUGGAAAAGUUGUUCAAAAACGAAUGAUACAGUUGUCAUAAUAGUAAAAGAGCCUGCAGAAAAAAUGUAUAAUUCAAAUAUUUCCAAGCGUCAUUUUUUUAAUACUAAGUGCAAAGAGAAGGAAAGCGCUCUGUUCAAAACAGUUAAAGGCUCAGCAGUUUAUUCUGUCAAAAUGUGCUAACUUCUAGUGGAGCAGUGGUUGUCACAACUUCACUGGUCUUGGUUCAGCAGACAACCAGUUUCAAAAAAUAGCUUUCAACCAGUUUCUGUAGAAUAGAAUGCUUUUCAAAUCAAAAUUAUAAAAGAGGUAAACUCGUCAUUUUUAGAAAUUCCAUUUUUUAUAUUAUAAAAUAGAAAAACUGAAAUAAUAGCGGCUGUUUGAAGAACAGGAAUAAUAAGUAUUCAAUCCAUCACUAUAGAAAAUUCUACUAAUGAUUUUCAUAAUUUUAAAAUGCAUAGCUCCAUCAUAAUAUUGAUUUGAAACCUCGCAAAAUCAAUGAAGGGAAUUUUUCUUUAAGGGAACCAUUUUUUAUUCCUCUUUCUAUAGAAGUGAUUGUCCCAUAGGAUUGGACGAAUCAAUCAUUAAUGUUGCAAUUAUUGUUGGAUCACAACUCUUCUGCUACAUAAAUUAUAUUUACUUUUAAUAUUUCAACAGACUCAAAACAGAAUGUUUCCACUUUUAAAUAUUGUGAAAUAUAUUAUUGCAUUGACACAACGCAACCAUUCUAUAAAAUAUGUGGAACCAACAUUAUGUAAAUAAAUUUAUGUGAGUUAACAUUACUGAGGGGCCUAAUCGUGGAAUAUUUACUAUUGAUUGAAUGUAAUAGGUCGAAAAUGAAAUUGUUUAGUAUUGUUCUGGGACUAUUAUCCACUACUUUGAGAAUCUUGUGAAAAUUCAUGGAUGUUGAUUGACAAUAUUGGUACAAUUUUUAGAAGCUGAAACUUACAGUGCUUUCAGAAAUAUUUUAAUUUAAUAAACUUUCACUUUCUCUGUUGUAUUGGAUACUAAUUCUCCUCCCUUGAGUAGCGUGUGCUACUGAUAUUCAUUUCAUAGCAAAUUGAAGAUUUUGGGUGGUAACCAAACUAAUAAAAAACGAUGAGAAAAUCAAGAGGUAUUAUCUCCAUCAGUAGAAAAUUCUUUCCAUCUGAAUAUUUCCAAUACGGUAUACAAUCGAACAGCAAUAAAAAACAAUUCCAGCACAACGAAUAAAAUACUUGAAAAAUAUAAUAUAUUAUUCAAUUUCAUAAUAAAACUGUUCAACUCUUAUACAUGAGUAAACAUUGUCAAUUCUUGAUGAAUAUUUUCACUAAACAAGCGGAAUGUAUAACUAGUAGCCUAGCGGCGCAUCCAUCAUUGUUGGUUCUUAUGAUCAACAGAAUUAGCCAAUCCAUGUUUAUCAAUUGUUUUAAACCCCAAUAAACUGUUAAAUCAUUAUUUUUUCGUGAAUUAAUUGAUAUACUUUGAAGUGAUUGUUGUAGAUAAAAUAAAAAUUCUAUUGAUACCACUAAAAUACAGAUUGAAAACUACAAUACUUGAAGACAUUGUUGAUAAUUAUGGUAUGAAGCGUUUUAUAACAUAGAUUCGAAUAAUUAUAUAUUUUUAUUCAUGUAUAUAGGGUAUACUAUGAUGUACAAGAGAGAUGUUUGUGACAUGAAUCUCCAAUAAUUAAAAGAAACCAUUUUAAUAUUUAUAAUCAAUAAUGUACAGUGUAUGAUUUCUCAACAAUAAAAAGCUUUAUCAUAGCAGUAUGUAAUUAUAUGUAUAAAAGUAUUUAAAGAUCAUUUUGUAAUACAUGUUCCUGUUAUCUCAUUCAAAUUAAUUACAUCAAUGAUUGGCUUGAUCAGAUUAGUUAUUUUGAAUAAUUUCAGCUAGGUUUUUACAAGGUCAAUAAAACUGAAUAUUUUUAAAAUUA